AUGCAUAAUUCUACAGUGAACAUCACCACACCUGAAGCAUCAUCGAACUCGACAUCAAUUGGGAUAAUGCAAAGUCUGGAUAUCGCUAUGUACCUCAUCAAUUUCGUGUUUGGUCUUCCUAUACACUCCUAUAUUAUAUGGCUGAUCGUCACAGGAACAAGAAGUAGAGUUGCUUCAGAGUUCUUUGUCCUCAAUCUGUCUCUUACUGAGAUUGUUGUCUCUCUGAACUGCUUGUUCUUUGCACUUACGUAUUGGUUUUCAAGUUUCCUCAUAUUAAGAAUAUUUUUUAUAGGAUUCUCCAUCACUGCUCGUCCUCUGUUUCAGUGUCUGAUGUGUGUUGAGCGUUACCUGGCAGUGGUCCAUCCUGUAACCUUUCUGAAGUACAAACCUCUCAGAUAUAGAGCAUUCUGCUGUGUUGUAACCUGGAUCAUCACUUUAGGCUCCUGUUUGUGCUGCAAUUUUAUUUUAACAUCAUUUGGCAUUUAUGCACAUGCAUGGUUCUACAUGCCACAGUUUAUACUUUAUCUUUCCAUCCAGUUGUUUUGUCUUGUGGCUGUUCUCAGAGCUCUGAAGCAGUCAGGACCAGGAGAGAGAAAGAGAGAGAAGGAGGAAAACCACAUGAAGAGGAAAGCGUUUAAUAUAAUUCUACUAACCACUGUGAACAUGGUUAUCCUUUAUGUGCCGAUUACUGUUUCAGCAUUAUUUAAUAAUUUGACACAACUUAAUAUACAGGAAGUCUGGCUUCCUGCUUUGAUUUGUUAUGUGCUUGCUAGUUUUUUGCAGCCUGUUCUUUAUCUGCACCGGAAUGGAAAAUGUCUGUGCUUCCAUCCACCAUAA